AUGUCGUCGCAUCGUCUACGGUACGCUAGCGAUCCUGUCGUGGAGCUGUGGAUGCACACCACGGCGACCCACACGUCGACGUCGUCCACGACGUGCUGCGUGUGUCCAUGGCCCGACGUCGACCCCGUGCCCAUAGGGAUUGCGGGACCCAACUUUCAGGUCGUUGGCCCAUUGCCCGACCUUCUCCGCAUCGAAUGCACAGGCUUCAAAUGGGGCGACACGUGCUCUCCAGUCUGCGCACCUGGAUACCACGUGGAAGAAACGCUUCUCUGCAGCACCGUCUCCGAGAACGGGACGGUCCUCAUAGACGGGGAGUGGCAGGGUACCGCCAGGUGCGAGCCCAACGUUUGCGUGGGACGCCCUGCCUUAAAGAUGCCAGUCGGCUACGACGGCGUAGGCGCGGGCUGUUCCGACCGGAACUACACGCAGACGUGUGACGUUUCGUGCUCGGAGUACGAUGGUAUGAAAAUUUGGCGAACCAAAUCCUGA